AUGACGCGCGUCCAGGAAUGGAGGCUUCUGGGCUUCGCCAUCCGCACCGCAUUCACGACACCUGCGUGGCGAGCCAUUGCUGUCUGCAUCGGGAUGCUGCGUCUCUGGAGGCUGUUCGCCGAGAGUCUGGGAAUGCUAGGAGUCCCCUCCGUCCUCUCUCGGGGUUGUCGGGAAGUGAGGUUGCAGGGUGUCCGUCCCCUCAGUUCCGAAGAGGUGGAUUACACUGCUACCCUGCCCAUCGGAGGCCUCAGCUAUGUCCAGGGCUGCACCCAAUUGCCUCUUAUCAACAAGACUGUGGGGAGUUGCCUGGAUGCUACAGCACAAAAGUUUCCGGACCGAGAGGCCUUGGUCAUCGUCCAUGAAAACAUCAGGUUGACCUUUGCCCAGCUUAAGGAAGAGGUGGACAAAGCUGCUUCUGGGCUCCUGAGUAUUGGUCUCUGCAAGGGUGACCGGCUGGCCAUGUGGGGACCCAACUCAUAUGCAUGGGUGCUCAUACAGCUGGCCACAGCCCAAGCAGGCCUCAUUCUGGUGUCUGUGAACCCAGGCUACCAGGCUUCGGAGCUAGAGUAUACCCUCAAGAAGGUAGGCUGCAAAGCCCUCGUGUUCCCCAAGCAAUUCAAGACCCAGCAGUACUACAACAUCCUGAAGCAGAUCUGUCCAGAGUUGGAGAAGGCCCAGCCAGGGGCCUUAAAGAGUCAGAGGCUCCCAGAUCUGACCACAGUCAUCUCAGUGGAUACCCCUCUGCCUGGGACACUGCUCCUGGAUGAAGUGGUGGCAACUGGCAGCAAAGAGCAGCAUCUGGCCCACCUCCAUCACACCCAGCAGUUCCUGUCCUGUUAUGACCCCGUCAACAUCCAGUUCACUUCGGGGACGACAGGCAAAGUCAAGGGGGCUACCCUUUCCCAUCACAACAUUGUCAACAACUCCUACUUCCUAGGGAAGCGCCUGAAAAUGGACCUGAAGACGCCAGAGAAGUCACGGUUAGUCCUGCCCAGCCCCCUGUACCACUGUCUGGGUUCUGUGGCGGGCACAAUGAUGAGCGUGAUGCAUGGUGCCACCCUCAUCGUGUCCUCUCCAACCUUUGAUGGCAAGAAGGCGCUGGAGACCAUCAGCCGAGAGAGAGGCAGCUUCCUGUAUGGAACUCCCACAAUGUUCGUGGAUGUUUUGAACCAGCCUGACUUCUCCAGUUACGACAUCUCAGCCAUGUGUGGAGCUGUGAUUGGCGGGUCCCCUGCACCUUCAGAGCUGAUCCGAGCCAUCAUCAAAAAGCUGAACGCACGGGAGCUGGUGGUUCUUUAUGGAACCACAGAGAACAGUCCUGUGACCUUCAUGAAUUUUCCCACGGACACUUUGGAGCAGAAGGCAGAAAGUGUGGGUAGAAUCAUGCCUCACACAGAGGCCCAGAUUGUGAAUAUGACGACGGGGAGGCUGGCAGAGCUGAAUGAACCUGGAGAGCUGUGGAUCCGAGGGUACUGCGUCAUGCUGGGCUACUGGAACGAGUCCCAGAAGACUGAGGAAGCAAUUAGCCAGGACAAGUGGUAUAAGACAGGAGACAUCGCCACGAUCGACGAGAAGGGCUUCUGCAGAAUUGUGGGCCGCUCCAAAGAUAUGAUCAUCCGGGGUGGCGAGAACAUCUACCCCGCAGAACUUGAGGACUUCUUUUACACACACCCGCAGGUGCAGCAAGUGCAGGUGGUGGGAGUGAAGGACUACCGGAUGGGGGAGGAAAUCUGUGCCUGCAUUCAGCUGAAGCAGGGGGAGGAGACCACGCCUGAGGACAUCAAGGCUUUCUGCAAAGGGAAGAUCGCCCACUUCAAGAUCCCCCGAUACAUCGUGUUUGUCACCAGCUUCCCCGUUACUACCUCAGGAAAGAUCAUGAAAUUCAAACUUCGUGAGCAGAUGGAACAACGUCUAAACCUGUGAAUAAAGGGGAGGAGUGUCCUCCAAGGCCCUCCCCGCCCUUCCCCCACAUUCUCCUCCUCGGUCUGUGAUUUGGCAUAAAGAGCUGUUUUCUUCGGCUGGU